AUGGAGACAAUUUCCCGGAUUUCCUCGAUGCUGGAAACAGCUCGAGAACUCACCAUCGAAGCGGCGCAAUCAGCAGCCGCUAGUAGAGGACCGAGUACGGGUCAUUCGUCUCGUAAUUUAAGUGAAUCUCACAUCAAGAGGCUCCUCGACAGCCGCAAUGACCGAGAAGUCUUGGAUGGUAUGCGAAGGGUCAUCACGUUGAUGUAUCGCUCUGAACCAUCCGUUCCUUUCUUUUCGGCGGUCGUCAAAAAUGUGGCCAACACUAGCCUCGAGGUCAAAAAGCUGGUCUACAUCUAUCUCGUUCACCAUGCCGAAACGGAGCCUGACCUCGCGCUCUUGUCCAUCAACACCAUCCAGAAAUCGCUCACGGACCAGAAUCCCCAGGUCCGUGCAAUGGCGCUUCGUACAAUGUCUGGAAUUCGGGUACCGGUCAUCAGUCAAAUUGUGUCCCUUGCGAUCAAAAGAGGCUGUGGCGAUAUGAGUCCUCAUGUUCGCAAAGCAGCAGCGCUGGCUAUUCCUAAGUGCUAUCGUUUGGAUCCGAACACUCUACCACAGUUGACAGGCUACCUUUCAACGCUUCUAGGGGAUACCCAAUACUUUGUCGCUGGUCCUGCCAUCGCUGCAUUCUUAGAUGUCUGCCCAGAUCGAAUUGACCUCAUCCACAAACACUACCGCAGCUUGAUCAAAAAACUGGUGGACAUGGAUGAAUGGAGUCAAAUAGCAACCUUGCGACUUUUGACUUUCUAUGCCCGGAAAUGCUUUCCUCGAAAGAUGCAGAAAAGGAAAAAGGAGGUGUCCAAAGGGUUCUAUGACGAUGAGGAUAAGGAAACUCACAACGGUGGCGAGGAAUACGAGGUUCUGAUAAUAGACCCUGACCUUGAGAUGUUAUUCCGAUCUUGCAGGCUGCUUUUACAUAAUCGCAAUUCCGCAGUUAUCGUGAGCGUUGUCCGUUGCUUCCUUUACCUGGCUCCUCCGGAGUACCUUUCCGCCACCGUUGGUCCAUUAGUCGCCCUCCUUCGAAGCCCUCAGGAUAUACAGCAUAUUGCACUUUACAAUAUUGUUGCUGUUAUAUUGCGUCACCCAAAGCCUUUUACGAGAUACGUCUCGCACUUUUUGGUCCAUACUACAGAUCCCCCUCACAUUUGGCACCUCAAGCUGGAAAUUCUUACGAUUCUCUUCCCGCAUUGUGGGCUACAUCUAAAAGGCGUCAUAGUCAGCGAGCUGCAGCAUUUCUCGCAGGGCUCGGAUCCGGAUCUCGUGCGCGAGAGCGUUCGCGCAAUUGGGCGCUGUGCACAGAGCGAUCCCAGUACAACUGGCCACUGUUUACAAAUCCUGCUCAGCCAGAUUACCAGCCUCGAUGAUAACCUGGUGUCAGAAUCUUUAACUGUCAUCAGGCACUUGAUUCAGCAGGAUCCAGCUUCACAUGAGCAAACGGUUAUCCAGCUGGUGAAGCACCUUGGGAUGACAAAUAACCCGGAUGCAAGGGCAACGAUUGUCUGGCUAGUGGGAGAGUUUGCAGGUGCGGAGCCAGAGAAAAACAUUGCUCCAGAUGUCCUACGAAUCCUGGUGAAAGACUUCGCCAAUGAAGAGGAAGUCGUGAAGCAGCAGAUUAUCCUCUUAGGUGCCAAAGUAUAUUUGCACCAUCUUCUCCGGAACCCUCCGAUAGAGGAGCCUCAGCCAGAACCUAAACCUCAGCAGGAGUAUAUUAACGAGUGGGCUGAUAAUCAAGAUGAUAAAAAUGCCGAGGGAAACUACGAGGCGGCGCAACAAACAGAACCGGAGGAAGAUCGGAUCACUCUCCUGUGGCGGUACCUCCUUCUUCUGGCGAGGUACGAUACCUCCUAUGACCUGCGGGACCGAGCACGACUGUAUAAAGCACUCCUUUCCUCUCCAUCCUCGACACAACUUGCUACUUUACUCCUCCUUGCGCCGAAACCAGUCCCGCACGUUCCGAGCCCGUCGGAGACCCGCAAGGGCUUACUGAUCGGCUCAGCGUCACUCGUAGUAGGAUCUGAAGCCGGAACUCAUGGCCUCAGAGGCUAUCAAGACUUACCAGACUGGGUAGUAGAAGGUCAAGAGCCUGAUGCUAGCCUCCGGGAGCCAGACGUGAGACCGGAGUCAGCAGAUAAAGCACCCUUGACUGCUGGUGAAAAGCUUGAUAGGGCUCUUAGGGAGCAUGAAAGUAAUGUCGCAAGCUCGAGCAAGGGAACAACUUCAGCGCCCAUCCGAAACAAGUCACUUGAGCAGUGGUUGGAAGACGAGGAAAGCGAAACUGAGGAGGAAACGGAGUCAGAGGAAGAAGUGACGGAAUCGGAAGAAGAGGAAACCGAAGAGGAGGAAGAAUCCGACGAGGAAUCGGAAGAAGAAGGGACCGAUUCUGACGAAGGUGAGGAAAGCAGACAGCUUCUAACCCGACGAGAUGAAGCCCAAAUCCAGGGUUCUUCAAAAGCCAUGCCUUGA